CAUCAUCAUGUCUUCCACAUCAUCAUUUGCCGAUCGCAAGCGCCCUGACACCAUCUGCCUUUUUGAUGUAGACGGAACUCUCACCCCUGCUCGUUUGUCCAUGUCAGACGAAAUGCGCGCCCUUCUUCAAAAGCUUCGCAAGGAGUGUGUUGUAGGAUUUGUUGGAGGUUCUGAUUUCCCAAAGCAAGUGGAACAGCUUGGUUCUACUGUCUUGGCCGACUUCGACUACUGUUUCUCUGAGAAUGGCUUGACUGCCUUCUGCCUUGGACAGAAGCUUCCAGCACAGAGCUUUAUUGAGUGGAUCGGUGACGAGGAGUAUAACAAGCUUGUCAACUUCAUUCUUCGAUAUAUCGCUGAUAUGGACUUACCUAAGAAGCGCGGUACCUUUAUUGAAUUCCGCAAGGGCAUGAUCAACGUUUCCCCUAUCGGUCGUAACUGCUCGCAAGAAGAGCGUAAUGAGUUUGAAAAGUAUGAUUUGGCACGAGGACUUCGCAAGAAGUUUGUUUCAGACUUGAGAGCUGCUUUCCCCCAUCUCGAGCUCACUUACUCCAUUGGUGGACAAAUUUCAUUCGAUGUCUUUCCCACUGGAUGGGAUAAGACCUACUGCUUGCGUCACAUUAAGGACCAAGGUUUCACGAAAGUCCACUUCUUCGGUGACAAGACUUAUGAAGGCGGUAAUGACUAUGAAAUCUACACCCACCCUGAUGUUGAAGGUCACUCUGUCAAGAACCCUGAGGAGACCAUGAAGAUCCUUAACGAGCUCUUUUUCUAGACAUCUAGCUGUUAAAUAAAUGAUUUCUCUCUUUCUUAAUUUUGACUAUCAAAGGCGUAGGCGUACUAAUCAUUUUGUUACGUGUCGACCUUCGAUGGGCUAAGCAAUGGUAUACA